UAUAUCGAUGCAAGUUAUAUCUAUAAAACGCAGUUGUUUAUCCAUAGAAAAUUUUUAAGAUUAGCUAGGCGCAGUUUAUUUAAUUGUAAUAAAUAUCGUAUUAAGUUUAAUUUAUUAAUAAAUCGAUUAAUUUAUUGGAAAAACAUGCCGGGUCCUGUUGAACACCGAGCUGUCACACCACUGAUACAAUUGAUUAGAGAUAUAGGCCGCGGUAGAAAAGUCGUGCUAGCAAGUAGAUUUGCUGACGAACAAGCAGCACGCACUCAACCUCCGCCACAUAUACCAGGAGGUCCAUAUCAUAAGACUUCUGAGAUUUAUUAUUACACUCGAGAUGGGAGACGAGAAGUUGAACCACCACUAUUGAUUAGUGGAUCAAAACAAAUUGGCACGGAGGAUGAAUUUCCUGCUAAAGAGAAAUAUCUUUCUCCAGGGACUGCUUACAAAUGGGAUUAAUUUCAUAAAAUUAACUUUAGAGAUUUGUUCUACAGGACAUUAUAAUGCAAAUUACAUUGAUGUAAUAUAAUGAUAGAUUUGUUCUGAUAUAAUUAUUGUACAUAGAAAAUAAAGUUACUUAUUGUAGAA